AAAGUUCAGUGUGUCGUUGCUGAUGUUGGCUGCUUCCUCUCUGUCACCAUGGAAGUGGUCAGCAUUCUUCUGCUGCUUUCUUUCAUUUUGUACCUCUUCUGGAAGACCACCCGUUCCAAACAAUUCCCUCCAGGACCAAAACCCCUGCCACUGAUUGGAAACUUGCUGCAGUUUGACAUGAGUAACCCUCUGAAGGACUUUGAUAAGUUAGCACAAAAAUAUGGCCCCAUCUUCAGCCUGCAAAUGGGAGGAACGCCUUUUGUGUUUGUUAAUGGGUUUCCACUGGUGAAAGAGGUGCUUGUGACGAAAGGAAUGGAAUUUGCUGGAAGGCCAAGCAACCCUGUCAUAGAUAUCAUCACAAAAGGAAAAGGUGUAGUUGCUGUGCCCUAUGGGCCAGCAUGGAAGGAGCAGCGAAGAUUUUCACUGAGAGUUCUCAGGAAUUUUGGGCUGGGCAAGAAGUCGGUGGAGGAAAGGAUCCUGGAUGAGUCUGCUUACUUGAUGCAAAGCUUUGAGGAAAGAAUGAAGGAGCCUUUUGAUCCCUUCUGUUUCAUCGACAACGCUGUGACCAACAUUAUCUCCACGCUUCUUUUUGGGAAGCGUUUUGGAUACGACGAUAACUCCCUGAGAAAUACCUUAGACCUGGUGCAUGAGAAUAUGAAAUUGUCUGCUGGUUUCUGGGCACAGCUUUACAAUGCAGUGCCAUUGGUGAGGGGGCUUCCUCUACCCCAUCGGAGGUUAUUAAGGAAUGCAGAUAAAGUCAUUGCCUUCUUUUUAAAAGAGCUGGAAGAGCACAAGGAAACACUUGUUCCUGGAGAGCACCGUGACUACGUUGAUGCAUAUUUGGAAGAAAUACAGAAGUCAGAAAAUAAAGGAUCAAGUUUUGAAGAGGAAGGCCUGAUUAUUGUGCUGUCUGAUCUGUUUAUUGCUGGAUCAGAGACAACCUCAUCAACACUUCUGUGGGCUUUGCUCUACAUGAUGGUUUUCCCAGAGGUCCAAGAGAAAUGUCAAGCAGAACUUGAUGCUGUUCUCGGAAAAAAUCCAUGCAUCAAGUAUGAAGAUCGGGACAGGCUUCCUUAUACAAAUGCCGUCAUUCAUGAAAUUCAGCGCUUUGCAAAUGUGGUACCCCUGGGAGUUCCUCAUGCCCCAAUCAAGGAUGUGGAGCUUUCGGGUUAUACAAUCCCCAAGGACACCCAAGUUAUAACCAACCUCAUUUCUGUACACUGUGAUGAGUCUCAGUGGAGAUACCCUCAUGAGUUCAACCCCUCCAACUUUCUGAAUGAGAAGGGAGAGUUUGUGAAGUCUGAAGCCUUUCUAGCAUUCUCGGCAGGUCCCAGGGGCUGCCUAGGGGUGAGCCUGGCUCGUAUGGAACUGUUCCUCUUUUUCACCAGCCUUCUGAGAAAAUUCCAGGUGGUCUGGCCAGAUGAAUCAAAGGCACCAGAUCUGUCACCUUGCUUUGGGAUCACUUUGUCCCCGGCACCCUUCAAAGUGGCACUGAAAUGUCGCUGGCAAACAUGAACAUUGCUAAGCAGGAUUUGGAUCAUUUAGGGCCUCUGCAGUGAGUUACUACCCUCGAAGCUGAGUAUGUUGCAGGUUCUACUAGAACGCUGUUAAUUAAUUUUAUGAAAGCAGACUGUUGCAUGUAUGCAGUUUUAAUAACUUGCAUGCUUCCAUUUUUGAAUUCUGUUCUUAGUGUUAUAUAAGAAGAGUAUAUAAUAACUGGGAAAUGUGGAGGAUUAGAGAUACCACAUAAAGCUUCUGUGUUGCCAAGUCAAA